AAAAUGUCAUAUUAGUAAAAUGUCUAACGUCAUUUUUUCGUAAACAAACUAGCAACACAUAGAUAUUUACGUUUUUGCGUAUUUAUAGUAAUACUUAUCAAUUAUUUCAACAUCGAGAGAUCUUAAAUAAUACCUUUUAUAUCUGUGACUUGUUUCAAUAUUUAUCAUUGCCUCUCGUAUGUUACGCGAUUUUAUUUCUUUAAUUGUAUUACUUCGACGCAAACAUGUUUUGUAGUGUAAUUAUGAAUCGUAUUUUAUGUAUAAGUAACAAAAAUGUGUUCUCGAGAAUCAGUACAGUGCACAAAUCUGCAAGACAUGUUAGCCAGGAUAUAUUCACAGGGGAUAAAGACAGGUUCAAAGGGCUGACCAUAGAUUCAAACAAACAAAAAUGCACACAGAAUAACUUUUUAAAUAAGCUUGAAGAAUCUCUGAGUGAAUGGACUUCACAAGGACACAGGUGUAUAUGGUUUCGUGUUAGUAUCAAGCAGGCAUUUUGGGUGCCCUUGUUAGCAGAGAAAGGCUUUAAUUUCCAUCAUGCCAGAGAUGACUUUGUGAUGAUGUACAAAUGGCUGCCGUUGGACUCGGAGCCGAAUCUGCCGCCGCCAUGCCACACCAACCUCGGAGUCGGCGCUAUGGUGUUCAAUAAGCGCGAUCAGAUACUAGCAAUAUCCGAGAAGCAUUACGAAUACCCGCAUUGGAAACUGCCUGGAGGGUAUGUGGAGAGAGGGGAAGACAUAAUCGAUGCAGGCGUCAGGGAGGUGAGAGAGGAGACCGGGGUUGAGGCGUCCUUCCAAUCUCUAAUCACAAUACGACAUUCGCACAAAAUGAUGUACGGGAACUCCGACAUAUACGUGCUGAUGAUGAUGAAGGCCAUCUCAGAGAAAAUAAUACUUUCGCAAAGAGAAAUAAAGGAUUGCAAAUGGAUGGACAUUGAGGAAUACACAAACCACCCCCACGUACACGAAUUUAAUAGGCUAGUCGUACAAAAAGCCUUAGAGUAUCGGAGUAAAAAAUUAAAAUUAAAUAUAAAAAAACGUACAGUAAAAUGGCCGACGGCUGUUAGAGAGAUGAAUUAUUUAGUUAUAGAAAAUUGUGAAUAUUGAAAUUUUAUAUUUUUUAUACAGUACAAAUAGGACUUAAUGGAAAGCAAUUGUUUUAACGUUUUAAAAAUAUAUAUUUGUUACAUCAA